AUGUCACAAGCACAGACAGCCACGGUGGCCGAAGCCUUCACGACCAUCAAGCUCACCUCGGGCCAUGGCCCCGUGUACCGGAGGGUUUCGACGGCCAAGCCGCGCAACUGCCGUCCCGAUGAGAUUCCCGUGAUCGACCUCAACGGUAUCUAUGAUGAUGCAAAUGCUCGGAAGAAGAUUGCCACCGUUGUCAAGCGUGCCGUCGAGGGGUCUGGCUUCUUCUACAUCAAGAACCACGGCAUUGACGAGAAGGUUAUCAACAAGGCUCAUCAGGCGACCGUCAAAUUCUUUGCACAGUCGCUCGAGGAGAAGCAAAAAGUAGGCAGGGACAAAUCAGCACAUUACAACGGCUUCAGCGGGCGCGGGUCAACUCACAUCUCGCCGUCCGAGUCCCGCGACAGAAAAGAGUCGUUCAUGUGGCAGUACGACCCGAGAUUUGACCCGGAGCCCAAGGACCUCGCCGCCAUCCCGGCAGAGGUCAAACCCUACCUCCGGCACGAGGAUUUUGUCUGGGACGGCACCGCCCAGGUUCCAGGGUUCCAGAGCGCCAUCAUCACAUACUGGCAGUCGUGUCUGAGGCUGGCCCGCAAUCUCGCCAAGGUCUUCGCCCUCUGCCAGGACCUACCCGAGGACUACUUUGACCGUCUGACGACGUACCCGGGCGCUGACGGCGUUCUCAACUACUACCCAGGCCUGUCGGCCGACGACGCCGCUGCUGUCACGGGCCUGCCGGACCACGUCGGCAUCGGCUCCCACACGGACCUGCAGUGCUUCACGCUCCUGUGGCAGGACCAGGUCGGCGGCCUGCAGGUGCUCAACUCGGACGACCAAUGGAUCAAGGCCCCGCCCAUCCCCGGCACCCUCGUUGUCAACAUUGGCGACUUCCUCAUGCGCAUGUCCAACGACCGCUUCAAGUCCACCGUCCACCGCGUCUACAACCCUACCACCACCGAGCGCUACAGCAUGCCCUUCUUCUUCGGCUUCAACUUCAACGAGAUGUGUUCCGUCUUGCCGACGUGCGUCGAUGAUGCCCAUCCUGCCAAAUAUGAGCCCAUCUCCUGCGGCGAGUGGGUCCGUAGGCGCUUCGAGAUGGUACAGGUCAAUAAGACGAUUGAUAUUCCGGCCCUUCCUUAG